AUGGCAUCCGAUGAUUCUUUGCCGACUUUGAAAUUGUUACUCAUAGGGCCUUCUGGGGCUGGCAAAUCAGCGUUAUUGACGAGGUACUGUGAGGAUGUCUUCGAGCCCGAGAAUGCGACCGCAACCAUCGGGAUAGACUUUAAGAUCAAGAAAUUGUCCGUCCGUGGCAAGGCCUACAGAGUAACCCUCUUCGACACUGCCGGCCAAGAGCGCUUCCGGACCCUCUCCACCUCGUACUACCGCGGCGCCCACGGCGUCCUCCUCGUCUACGACGUCUCGAGCCGCACGUCCUUCACCUCCAUGGAGAGAUGGUUCGACGAGGCCGAGCUAAACACGGGCCCCGGCGUCGCGCUGUAUCUCGUCGGGGCUAAGACCGACAAGCCCAACCGGGCGGUGAGCGCGCUGGAGGGCCAGAACCUGGCGGAGGCGCACGGAGCGAAAUUCUGCGAGGUUAGUGCUAAGACUGGGGAGGAUGUGCGGCGGCCGUUUGUGGAGAUUGUGGACGAGGUUGUU